AACAGACGACCUUGGGCCACAGUUUUACAUCUCAGAGAAUCAGCAAAGUGAAUAGUUUACCAACUCUAAAAAUGACAAGCAGUUAACGCUUUAGAGUGUUUAACAAUUUACAAUGCAAAAAAUGAUUUUGCUAAACCAGUGUACUGAGGAGUGUACUGCCUACCCAUGAGGCGGCUAAAACCAGUAGGAGGUCUGCCAAAACUGAAUCUGGAUUUUCACCAAAACAGGUCCUGGUCACAGUUGCACUCCUCAUUAGAAGACUUUAACUGUAACAGAGAUCCAGUCGUAGGAAAUAGCUAUGCACCUGCAAAAAUAAUGGAUCCUAGGAUAAUGAGUCAUGAAGAUGAGGAUUCAGACUAUGAAAUAGCAGAUGAACAAGAAUAUACCAUUGUUGAAGACCCAGAGGAAGCUCAUCCUAUUCGAAUCCUGCCAGCCAGACAUGAUGAUAACAACCAUGAGUAUGCAGACAGGCAGUUUCCAAUGUUAAAUGCUAAAGCAAGUUCAUCUCCAGAUUUCAAUAGAUUUAACAACAUACCGCCAUUAACUUCAAAAAGACCUAUUCCAGGUCCAGUGAUCAACAGGGAUUUGAAACCAAAUCGACAGCCGCAACCUCCUGCAGUUAACAACCAAUUCCAGGUGAAUUCACAGAAUGCUCAACUUCCACCCAGGCCAGCUAAGAAAAUCCCUAAAGAACGACAGCCACUUCCUCCAGAACCUAUAUUGAAUAUUGCAAGUGAUCUUCAAGCAAUAGUGGCUGAUCCUUUGAAACCAAGGCCAGCUCAAAGGAAGAGAAAUAACCAUGUUAAUGAAUUGCAGAAAGUGCUCUGUCCUAGACCUCUACUUCCUGUCCCAUCAAGAUGCUCACAGAGUACGGAUAACAUGAGUUCUCACACAGCUCCUGCUGGGCGACUUUCACCAAAUUCAAGUUUAGCAGCAAUAAAGCCAAAGUUUGUGCAUGAAUGGCCACAGAGUAAACAAGACUUCCGGGCAUUUGGCGCUUGUGAUUUUACUGACAUACAGAAGCCAAAGAAACCAGGCAAAAAAACUUAUGGGACCUUGAAAGGACAUAGUUGGUACAUUGGAGCAUAUGACCGAUAUAAAGCAGAAGCUGCUUUAUACAAAUUGAACAAGGAUGGAACAUUUUUAGUAAGAGACUGCUCCAAAAAAAUUAUUGAUGAACCAUAUGUUCUUGUGGUAUUCUAUGCAAACAAAGUGUAUAAUGUCAAAAUUCGACAUAUUGAGAAAGAUCAGAAGUAUGCACUGGGAACUGGGCUAUGGGGAAAUGAUAUGUUUGAUUCCAUCAGUGACAUCAUUGAAUACUAUAAAACAUUUCCAAUAAUACUUAUUGAUGGAAAGGAUAAAACAGGCACACAAAAAGAACAAUGUACAUUGACUUAUGGUCUUACUGAAGAUGAAAUCAUAAAAAUAUUAUAAAAAAACUGCUUUCUUUAUAUUAUUUGGACAUAUUAUCAAGGUGUACAAAAGAAAUCUGCAUACACUUUUCCUCUUCAAUUCAAGACAUUUAAAAAAGUGAACUUUGGAACACUGUCACUGUGAUGGAAAAGCUGUUAUGGAAAAUUAAUUGUAUGCAAGAAUGCUCAGAAUCAUAAAAAUAUAAAAAAGUAUAUGGAAUGUAUAAAAUGCAUAAUUAAAAUUGUUGUAUACUUAUUAUGAAUGUAAAUAAACCUAAAAUAAAAUGUUUUCACACUGUG